AUGCUCAAAUCAGCUCUGCACAAUCGUCGUUUCAAGCGUGUUUGUUGUUUACCUGCCUUCCUGGUUGUAUUGGCAUUUUGCAUCGCCUUUGUGGUGGAGACUGGGAUGAUUCGAUAUCACUCCGGCCAGAUUGCCACCAUGCUAACCGACAGCGCGAAGAUCGGGAUUUUUGUCAUAUCGAGUUCUAUUCUAUUUCUUGGUCUAUUCGGAUCUAUUCGUUCACUGUAUCGGGUUGUUCGAAGUUUGACCAUCAACCCAGUCCAGCCUCUCCGAGCUGCUCUGGCCGAAUUUAUCAGUGAUGAAGCGAAUGAGGAAGAGUACAAUGAUUUGAAACCGAAAGGAAAAUACACGUGCCUGUCGAAACGCCCUAGUAAACCGAAUGAUCCCGUCUCAUUGGGCAAUUCGACUUCAUUGAAAAAUAUGGCUAUCACUGCAGAAGAAGAACGGGCCAGGCGUGCGGAUAUCCUGAUUAAAGAAGAAUUCGUUAAACUGUGCAAAUUGUCGUUGACUUUCGAUCGGUUCCUCAGUCAGCAACAAACACGUUUCAUUAUCUGUCUGGAUGCCAGUGAAACCAAGCAGUGCGAUGUUUUGGCGAAGCUGAUCUAUCAGAUACACAGUCUGGUUCUCACUGAAUCUUCUGCGCCAGUUGCAUUUGUUUUAGAGGGUAAUUUUAAGGCUAAAAGAAAUUCUGGUGUAAUGUACACACCCAGAUCAAUAUUUGGAAAUCGUGGAAGUGUGGCUCCGUUGCGUGGUGGACAGGAGAAAAGCCCCAAUAAACCGAUCAUCGGCCAAUUAUCUCGGAGUAACUCCACUAUCAGCCGAUCAGUGGAAUCCUGUCAAGGAAUUGCUGGCUUAUUUAUGCGUGAUCACGAGUUGGCCGACUGGAACGGAAAACUGAUGAAGCAGUUGGUCUCGGCUACUUCAUUUACAAGUCGCUUUUUGCGUUUGUGUAAUCUCGAGGUGCCCAUAGAAGAGAUGGUUUUAUGGAUCAGCCUUGUCCAAUACUGGCCUUAUCAUGUUGCCUGGUUGGUGGUCUAUCUGGAAGGAUUGGUCGAAGGCAAGGCAUGUGGCACGGGAAAACCGAUCUCCAAUCAAACUUGCGUAAAUGUGAUUGAAUGUUUUAAAGAGGUGAAGGCGCGUGUGGCCGCUUCGAUCGAUCAACUCGAACCACUGGUCACAGAUGAUCGCGACCUAGAUCGACUGGAGGCAUACCUGCGAGCAAAGGCAUCUCGACCGAUCCCUAUCGGCAAUUUGAAAAAGCUGAUUUCUCAGAUUAUGAAUCCAGAUCGUGUUCCGGUGAUGGAUGAUCGACGGAUGGGACAUUCUGGACCGUUUGCCCCGGCUUUAACAACUUUGGUCGAGGAACAAGUGGAUCCGUUUAGACGAGCAAAUCAGAACACAGGUUCGAUCGGACCGUACUCAAUGAGUCGAUCGAAUUCGGGGAAAGGAAGAUUGACACACAUGAUGAUGUCCACUUCGCUCGGGUCCGGUGAUACUCAAAGUGGGCAAUUUUUCCCGUGUGGUACUGAUCUGAUGACUAGUGUAGAAAACACUCCUAGAACUUCAUUUCAAGAACAUCGCUACAUUUAUCAGACCAAUAUUCGAGACCGAAACCUGAAUGGAAUGGUUUUGUAUAGAAUCGAUUCUGAGCGAGUAAAGAAUGAAAUUGGAAUGAAUCCACCGGAUUGGCAAGCGUUUUAUCGCACAUUACAUUAUCUACGGGAACAGGAGAAUAUGUUACACGAGGACUCGAGGAAUAUGCGCAUGAUGGCCGAAGCUGAGAGUGAUUCCGGGUCCAUCGUCAGUCCGCUCGUUAUAGCGAAUAAACAUCCCUGCAUUCGACUCACCCGAUCCUCUCCCAGCUCAUCACUUGCUAGUUCCAAUCAUCGUAUGAAAAACACAACACUAAUCAGACAAACACCCUGGCUUCUUUCACCUCAAGUACCAACUUCACUGAUGAAUUCUGAUGGAGUGGAAAUGCCAGCCAAUGAUAUAGUUUUUCCACCGGUUUAUCCUCCGGAAAACACAGAGAAUCAAGCCUCACUUAGUGGAAUGGAAGAACCAGAGUCAUUGUGGAAACCAACCUCUCAUCCGGUUGGCUCCAAGCCAGUCUUAAAACCCAGAACUGUAGGUGACAGUUCCACAGGUAAACCUAUGGAUAAAUCCAGUUCUCUCAAGUCAUCGCACGAGCACGUAGAACUGGAGACGCGGAAGGAAAUUUUCGCUAGUCCCAGAGCAAAUAUCGAGCAACACAUAGGUUUUUCAAAGCACAACAGAAGGUUAUCCAAUUUGGAACAGGAAAAGUCAGUUUUGUGUCACAAGAAUGGCGGUUUGGUCAAUGCGAAUGUGCCACAUCGCAAUAGAUCCUCACGUUUGGCCAGAGAUGAGUCACGACGAUACAGCAGCCGAUCAACAGUUGAUUUGAGAACUGCUUUCGGUCCUUUGUCAUUUAAUCCACAGGCAGCCGAAUUGUGUUAUCGAGAAGUAUUGCGUAGGAAGACCAAGGGGCGACCAAAACCGGUACAUAUGAGACAUCUAGUUUCCAGCAACGAUCCACGUAUUUUCUUUAACCAAGCGGCUAGAAAUGAAGCUGAACUAUUCAAUUACAACAUUCUAGGUUAUGAUCAGCAGCAACAACAGCAACCCAUACACCAAGAGAUGGCAUUUGCUGCAGUUCCAAUAUCCCACAGAAGUCCAUGGAAGACACCGGUUGAACAACAACCUGACGAAGAAAUGAAGGAUUUACGAAGAAUGAAGAAGAGACCGUGCAGGAGACCAUCCAAAGGUAACCAAACAACGUACGACGUGUUCGUGAAUAAAAAUGCUCAGGAUUCAGACAUGAUACCUCCCGCACUUGGAGGACAUGGUCGUGGAGUCCAAGGAGGACACCCGGAAUCGGCUAUGAUAGAUUCCGAAACGGAUAGCGUGAUUUACAAUCCGACAAUCAUGCCCCCCUACCCUGGUUUAAUGCCGUGGAUAAGUUCUAGUGGAGCACGACGGGAGCGCCGUGGUCGUAAACUGCACCAUUCUCCAGCAUUAAACCCGGCCCAGCUGGCAAGCUUGUAUUCCUAUGUCACUCAUGCGGGAAAGUUGCCUAAUUUCCCCAAUCCACCCUUCGAACUAUCGUACGGCCGUAACCUGGUGGAAUCUGAAAUGAACUCUUCCAAAAUAAACUACUUCCAAUUUCCAACAAUGAACUACCCAUCGCAUUGUGCCGAGCUGACGGAAUCGUAUAAACCAAGUCAGAAGAAACGUGCCCGGCACGCAGAGCAUAUUCCCACGGCAGUGGCAUCCCCGCGAAUGGUUCAGACAAUGGUCAAAAGUGGUCACUCAAGUGAAUUAGUUCAUGUAGACUAUUUGGACGAGGGGACUAAUUCACCGGACUCUGAUGCAGAGGAAUGCACUUGUGACUACUGGUACGGAAUUGAUAGAAACGGUGGAAAGGUUACAAUCAGUGAACCAACACUGAGAGGUGACUCCGAUGACCUGUACUCCGACGAGAAUAUGCAAACCUACUCUCUGGAACACGAACUGUCCAAAAGAAGCCCUCACGGGAGGACGAACGGCACAUUCGCAGAGGAGGAAAACGAGAGCGGGUAA